ACCACAAACAAACACCAGCCGCAUGAAGACCAUUGAAAAAAAAGGAGUUAUUCCUUCGGGUGUCCUCGGCUCACCCAUUCACAGCCUCCUCUGAAUCCUGGUUAUCAAAUACGCUCAGUGUCAUCAUGGUCCACACAAGACGGAAGUAAAAAAAAAAAGAGGGAAUGAGUGAAAAAAAAAAGGAGAUGAGCGUCUAGUGAAGUGAAGAGUACAGCAGGGAGAUACUCAAGAGAGGAUGGAGAAGAGAAACAGAGCUAUAAUCGUGGUUUUUCUGCUCUGUGUCAUCGCAGAAGUGCCAGCAGCAGGACAAACUCUGGACGUGUGUGCCUCCUGCCACGCUAACGCCACAUGUGAUGAGAAACCUGAUGGCUCUGGAAAAGUUUGUAACUGCAAGUAUGGCUUUGUUGGAAACGGAAGAAACUUCUGUCAAGAUAAAGAUGAGUGUCAGAUAGGAUCCAUUAAGAUCUGCGGGCAGCACACCACCUGCCACAACACAUACGGCAGCUUCUACUGUACAUGCCUGGCUGGAUACCACCCCUCAAACAACAUGGCCAUCUUCAUCCCAAAUGAUGGAACCCACUGCCAGGACGUUAACGAGUGCAGGAUCACAGGGAUGUGCGGAGAGGGAGGUCAGUGCAGGAAUCUGGAAGGCAGUUUUGAUUGCAGCUGCCAGCUGGGAUACAGAGUCCACGACGGAUCAGAGCCCUUUCAACCUGACAGGGACAAGGCUUCCUGCAAAGUGGUGGAUUGUGGGCAGCCGGCCUCUCCUGAGGACACAGUUCUGCUGUCAAAAACUGGGACCACAUAUGGCAGCGUGGCCAAGUUUGAAUGUGAUGAAGGCUUCCUGUGGAGGAGAGGAGACAAUACAUCUGUGUGUGGUGCUGAUGGACUGUGGAGAGGACCAACCAUGGUCUGUGAAGCUAAAUGUGGCCCAGUCCCCCUCCUCGCCAACUCAGAGGUGGUAUGGCAUAACAGGAGUGUAGUGAUCCAUCGCUGUGUGGAUGGAUAUCACAGCUGGAGGGGCAGUAACGUCUCUCUCUGCAGCAGCUCUGGGGUUUGGCAGAAAGCUAUGCUGAAAUGUAUAGAAAUCAAGCCACCUAUCAAUCACCUAAUUGUUUCUAAUGAAAAAUGUUUACAUUGGAGAGCAGAAAAGUAUGAAGAGACUACAGAAGUUUACAAGCUGAUCUACACAGGAUCCAGAGACUAUCAACGCUCCUUUCGUGACACAAGGAAGCGAUUUCUGAACUCCAAAUCUGACCAGGUGGAGGUCUGUCUCAACCUGCUUCCUGUUACCAACUACACCAUCUCCAUCACUGCAGUGUCUGCCCGAUUCACAGCCACCAUCACCACCAACACCAGCUUAACAGUACCUCCAGAACCAGUUGUCUACUACAAAGAGUUUGAGACUCCCGUACCAACGUUGAUGCUACACAGAAAACCCAACACUCUGGAUCCAAUAAGUUUGUACCAAGUGUUUGUGCUUCCUGUAGAAGGGAUUAUGGUGUUUGACUGUUCCUCACCCGUGGAACGUGACCACUCAAGCAAACCCACCACAGAGUACAUCACAGCUCUGAUCCACGUCAGCCACAUCGGCACAGAGAUGAACUUCACCGUGGGGGAUGGACUCUCCUAUGGAAGCUUCUUUAAUGCCCCUCUGGAGAAUGGCAAGAACUACUAUAUCAUCUUACGAGCUGUCAGUCAGUGGAAAAAGGAUUUAAAAAGUUCCUGUGUCCUGUGGGCUAAAGUAAGAGCCACAUCCUACGUUCUGAAGGUUUCAUCGCUGGCCGCCGCUGCAUUAAUAGGAGUCGUUGCCAUGGUUGUUUUGGGUGGAUACAGUUGCAGCUGGUAUAGAAGAUACACAAUACAGUACACACUCUCAUCAUUUUAUGUAUCUAUUUAAAUGGAAUAUAAUGCAAUCACGGCCUGCAAAUUAAAUAUUUGAUUUGAUUUAGUUUAUUUCCAUAAAUAUUAGUUUUAGUGAUAAUAAUCCAGUAUAUAGUUAAA